AUGUGGCACUCCACCCUCCUUCUACUCCUUCUUGCCUGCGUCUGUACGGCGCAGAGUGUCUCAAAAACUUCGAGCGGCAGUGAUAUUGACGCUUCUUCCAAGAACAAAAGGAACAGCGAUAUUUACAAUGUUUGCCCUGUCAUUGUCGAAUUCAGCAAGGAGCAGGAGAACCUCUCUGAGGAGGAGUUAAAGGCUAAUGCUGCUGACGCAGCCAUGUCAGCAUUCCUACUAAGCCAUCCCAAUUAUACACUUUGGGAUUACUUUAAGAUUGAAGAACAUCAGAAGCAAGUGAUGUUCAAUAAUUUGCGGCUGCCGGAUAGAAUCAAGACCUUAGUGAAAUCUUUUGUCGACUUCACGGCUGACACCGCCAUCAAUAUUGCGCAUAUGGCGGCUGACGCAGUCUCAUGGAUCAUCAACACCAUCCGCAGUCCUCUUGUUGGAGUUCGACAAAUAAUAGAUUUCUUUGUGGAUUUCGGCCGCAACAUCAAAAUGUUGUGGAAGAUGAUGCUGAAGGACCCCAAAAAUACGGCUGCGAACAUGGGCGGAGGAUUUUUACUUCACAUUUCGCACCACCCCUCAGAGUUUACUGCUGAGACCGUGUUGCUAGUCGGUACCGGAUUUGCAGUAAUCCAUGGCCUUAUCCAUGGCGUCGAAGCUAUCUUCGGAACGCUAAGCGACGCCGUUUCCCGAGUACUCAUGUCCGUGCUAAUGUUUAUACACGCUAUCGACGACCCGAUUCUUAUUGUCACGCCUCUGAUCACCUCCGUUGUGAAAACGGCCGGAGCAAUCAGCCAGGGUGGUAACUCCACUGAUCACGCACUGACACUCACGCCAUAUCCAAUUAAGCCUUUGAAGUCGUGUCAAAUUCCCAAGCAGUAUCGACCAGAAAUUUCGACCCGAGACUUGUGCCUUAGCAAUCACAGAGAAGUUCGCCAGCUGCUGUUCGGAACGGCUAAGCGAAGUGCUAAGAUGACCCAUGAGGAGAUGGUUGCCGCAUACAACCACUUCCACGACUUCGUGUGCUGCUUCCUCGAGGACCAGGAGUUCGAGGUGAAUGCACCUGACAUGAAAUCCACAUCUUUCAAGACUGAACUCAUUCCCACUCCCGUCAAGAUGGCUAAUUGCUCUCAGCUUCUCGGCCAUUACAGCGCUGACACAGUUUGGAAGCUUUAA